AAGCCGUCCCGCUGUCGGAGUUGUGUCGAUACGUACAUACCGUCUGUUAGUUUCGUCGAAAACGGGGAAACUGAUAGUCGAGCCCAGCUAGCGAACGGAUACAAGAGUGAGAUCAGGUUAAUCAAUCCCACGGAAAAGUUCGAAUGGAGGAGCCAAAGACUGAGAUCAAAGAUUCUUCCUCAGAAAAAGAUGCGAAAUCGCCCAAUAUUUUUGAGAGAGCGAAAGAAGAGAUAGAGGCUGUGAUCCACUCCAAUAAAUCACCAAGGCAUCACAAAGAAACACAUGGAAGAAGCGAUGAUAUUGACGAGACUACGCCCGCCGAUGAAGUAAAGGCCCCUGGAGUGUUUGGAAGAGUCAAGGAAGAGGUUGAGGCCCUCAUAGGAGCAAUUCAUCCCAAGAAGGAUUCCGACAAUCAUUAGUUUUCUUUAAAGCAAAGGAGGGGGUUGACUCCAUGCUGUAAUAAGGUUUGCUUUCUUCAAUGAUUCUUAGUUUCUUUUAUGAUGCAACUUCAUGCCAUCUACCUAGUUAUUUGAAAACGUUAGCCGGAAAAUAACUUAGUUUGAAGAUUGACAUGAAAAUUGGACUAUGUCUGACCUGUCUCGCAUUCUAUUUGAAGUGUGUAAUCAACAUAGAAAUACCAUCAAGGUGGUUACAUGUACUUGUGGUUACCAUCAUAUGUAUAUUGAUCAACAAAACCUGCAUUUCCUACGCCUUAUGCUUGAUUGUUUUCCUUUUCUAGUUAGUUAUUUUUAUGGGGAGCAUGUGCGUUUGUAAGAAAGGAAUUUAUAAUGAAAGUUCUCCCUGUUCAAGACA